UACGUUACUAAUAUUUUUUUUAAUUGGACUCUCCAAUGAAGGAUCAACUGGACAGGAAGUUAUCAAAGAUGAUUUUGAUAAAUUUUUCGACUUUACAUAUCUAUUCAGUUUAGACCCUCAGAGUUUAAAUCAAGAGAUAUAUAAUAUAGUUGAUAAAUUAGGAGAAUUGUAUUACUAUGAGAUAUUCGGAAUGAGAUCAAGUAUCAAAGCUAGAAUGCACAUGCGAUCAAUUAGUUCAAUAUUAUGGAGUGCAAUUAUAACAUUACUAAGUCAAAUUGGAUUGUUUGCUCGAUAUAAUAAACCAUCCAUUUUUCCUGUUCAAAGUAUGAUCGAAGUAGGAAUUCAGUCACCAAGUUUUGAUGCUGAUAUUAUAAAAGAAUAUCUAUCACUUAUGUCUUUAAUACCUUUCGGUACAGAUGUUAAUACGAAAAUUAAAAAGCAUCUUCGAAUAAAUGAUUAUAAAGAAAAAGGCUACGUAAGUUCAAAAUAUAAUAUAACCCAUUCUUUAAUAAAUGAACCCAUUUUUGGAAUUUUUAUGUUUGAUUUAUUUGAAAAGUUCGAAAGGUUUUUUUUUGCUUUCACGGAAUGUUGGUUGACUACUAGUAAGUUUCAUGAUCUCAAAUAUGGGUUUGAAUCUCUUAUGAAACAUUCACCGAGUAUAAUAAAACGAAUUGUUAGUUCACGAUUGAGAAAACCUAUUCCGAAACAUCCAAUGACAAAAGGUAUUUCUUACAGUGAGCUUGAAGCUUUUGUGUGUAAACUUUUGACUUAUGCAAAGAGAGAUUUCAAUGGUUGCUUAAAAGAGAUAAAGUCAUUGGAGAAAUGUAUCAAAACCUCUUUGAAUCGUUUUCCACAAAGUCAUAAUCAAUAUUUCGCACUGGCACACUUAAAUCGUUUAAAAAGAAGCAUCAAUGAUUUAAGAACAACUUGUAACAUGAAAGAAGUGAAUAACAAAUUUAGCAUUAAUUGUGAAAAAACAAGCAAUGAAAAUUUAUCUCCGAGCAAAAAGACAGUAUCAUUUUCGAAUCAUCAUUUUAUGCAAUUACUCGCAUCAGAAAACAUCACUAAUUAUCUCAAAAGAAUUGCAUCAAGAAAUAAGCUUGUGUCAAAUGUUCUUGAAGAGAUAAAUACUCUGAGUGAAAUUUAUAGACAAAGUAUAAUCACGAAAAAUAAAUUAUCAGAAAUGUCAAAAGAGAAUAACCAUGCUAAUGAAAGUUACAUUAGAAUUUCUAAAGCACUGAAUAAGUUUGAAGAAAGUAUAAUAGAGAUCAUUUCAAAUGUAAUGAAUCAACUUCACCGAAUGACAAUUCAAGUGCAAAAAUCUUUAGUUGAUGCCGCAUCAAAUGCACUAGAAAUCGAUUUAUCUGAAAAUUUACGAACAAGUAAUUACUUUUAUCUUACGAUGCAGAGAAUUUUAAGUGCACAUAAAAAACCCAAGUUUUCAAUAAAAUCCAAGUUAAUUGGAGAUACACAGUCAAAUGCAUUAAUUCGUAAAAAGGAUAUUCAAAAACCAAUAAAGCAUUUAAUUGUGUCAAUGAAACGUUCGAGUCAAAUUGAAGCAACAACGAAAUCUAGCGCUAUUGUUACAUUGGCAAAUACUUUUUUAUUAGCAACCGUAUUUUAUGAAUGUAUCAGUACAUUGGCCGUUGUUAUGUAUGGAGGGAAUAAAAAUGGCAAUAACAUAUCUCCAGAAACCCCCAAUCACGAUUAUGAUAGCUAUAGUGAAUUUGUGGAAACUAAUCAUGAUGAAAAUUACGAUUUUUACGGAGAAACGUCUGAGCCUUAUCCAAAUUAUGGAAAAAAAAUUCCAAGAGUAUCAAACAACAAUCCUCAAAACAAAUAUUCGAAUCAUGAAACUAAAAUAAAAAAUAACUUUAUUGUUACAUAAAGCUCGUAUUUUCAAUGAGUACUUUAUGAUUUUG